AUUAAAAAGGUUUUGGGCCGUCCAGAAAUUUUGGACAACAAAAAAAAUAAAAAAUGCUUUCCUUAUCGUUGUUGAAAUAUCUCCUAUUUUUUAGCUGAACGAGCUCACGUUUCCCGACACGGUGGUCACCCAUGGUCAUGGCCUGCUCGGCGACUCUCUCUCUCUCUCCUCCAUAUCAUCACUUUCUCACCCGCGUCCGUACCACCAAGCUCGCUAUCUCUUCUCCACGCCUUCCCCUCCAAUCGCACUCCUUCCCGCCAUUUCCUCGCCUUGUCGUCCUUCCCGUACCGUCGAGGUCCACGGUCGCUCCGUUCGCCUAUGUUUCCGGACCCGCAUCCGACCCUAAUGUCUGCGAUGAAGACCCGAAUUUCGAAGGCUCGGACUCGAAGGCUCAGCUGUCGUCGCCGAGUGCCGUUAGUUGGGGACUCCUGUGGAGGCUUUUGAUGAAGUACAAACUGAGACUCGCUCUCUCGGCUUUGACUCUCAUUGGCUGCACCACUUGUACUCUCUCAAUGCCCCUUUUUUCAGGGCGGUUCUUUGAAGUGCUAAUUGGCGCUAGACCAGAGCCAUUAUGGAAGUUGCUAAGUAAAGUUGGAAUUCUGUAUGCGUUGGAGCCAAUUUUGACUGUAAUUUUUGUUGUAAACAUGAAUACCAUAUGGGAGAAGGUUAUGUCGACUCUCAGAGCUCAGAUUUUUGGAAGGGUAUUGAUUCAGAAGGUCGAGUUUUUUGACCGGUAUAAGGUCGGGGAACUUACUGGUUUGUUAACGUCUGAUUUGGGUUCUCUUAAAAAUAUUGUCAGCGAAAAUAUUUCAAGGGAUCGUGGAUUCCGGGCACUUUCUGAGGUCAUUGGGACAAUAUGCAUACUUUUUGCUUUGGCUCCCCAACUUGCUCCAGUUCUGGGUGUGCUGAUGCUCACUGUGUCUGUUUUAGUUGCUGUAUAUAAGCGAUCAACGAUGCCAGUUUUUAAAGCUCAUGGCUUGACUCAAGCUACUCUAUCUGAUUGCAUUUCAGAAACGUUUUCUGCAAUUCGUACUGUAAGAUCUUUUGGCGGUGAAAAGCGCCAAAUGCUGAUGUUUGGCAGGCAGGUUCUUGCUUACCAGAGCAGUGGUAUCAAGCUCGGGGCUUUUAAAUCUAUUAAUGAAUCUGUGACUAGAGUUGCUGUCUAUGUAUCACUGUUGGCAUUGUAUUCUCUUGGAGGAAGCAAAGUGAAGGCGGGUGAACUCUCUAUCGGGACGGUGGCUUCCUUUAUUGGAUACACUUUCACAUUAACAUUUGCUGUUCAAGGUCUAGUUAACACAUUUGGAGAUCUUCGUGCAAGUUUUGCAGCUGUUGAGAGGAUUAAUUCUGUUUUAUCCGGUGUAGAAAUUGAUGAAGCCCUUGCUUAUGGUUUAGAGAGAGAAUUGCAACAAACAAAAUUACCUGAUGAGAAUUAUAAAUUGUUCCUUGUUGACGGUUAUAAUGAGAAAAAUCAAUCUAUAAAUAUGCACUACAUGUCAGCUCUCAAAUCUGCUAGUAACGUUGCCUGCUUAGCUCGGUCUGGUGAUGUUUGCCUUGAAGAUGUGCAUUUCUCUUACCCUGUAAGGCCUGACGUUGAAAUCCUAAAUGGCCUAAACUUAACACUAAAAUGUGGAACUGUAACUGCUCUAGUCGGCCCAAGUGGUGCAGGCAAAAGUACAAUAGUACAGCUACUGGCACGUUUCUAUGAGCCAACCCAAGGUCGUAUCACAGUUGCAGGAGAGGAUGUCCGGACAUUUGACAAGAGUGAAUGGGCACGUGUGGUGUCUAUUGUGAAUCAAGACCCUGUUCUUUUUUCGGUGUCUGUCGGAGAAAAUAUUGCAUACGGGCUUCCAGAUGAGAGUGUAUCUAGGGAUGAUGUGAUAAAAGCAGCAAAAGCCGCAAAUGCACAUGAAUUCAUAAUUUCACUUCCACAGGGUUAUGAUACACUAGUUGGUGAGCGUGGAGGCUUGCUUAGUGGGGGCCAGAGGCAGAGAGUUGCUAUAGCAAGAGCACUGCUUAAGAAUGCUCCAAUUUUAAUCCUUGAUGAGGCAACCAGUGCACUGGAUGCGGUUAGUGAGCGCCUGGUCCAGGAUGCUCUGAACCAAUUGAUGAAAGACAGGACAACAUUGGUCAUUGCUCACCGAUUAAGCACAGUACAGAAUGCGCAUCAAAUUGCACUUUGUUCUGAAGGAAGGAUUGCAGAACUUGGGACACACUUUGAGUUAUUGGCUAAGAAUGGUCAUUAUGCUUCAUUGGUUGGCACUCAAAGGCUAGCAUUUGAGUAAAAUUUUUCAACUAUGCCGUCAUAAAACUACAUGAUACUUAUAGAUAGAUAGGAAUUCCAAUGGUUAUUUUUAUCUGUACUUUCCGUGUAGAUUCCAUUUUUCCAAGCCAAUAAUGAAUGAAAUAUUUCAUAAAUUUCUGUUAA